GACAAUACACUAUUAUGUGUCUCUUGUGUUUCCAUGGGUUUCUUGUUAAAUCUCAUCUCCAGGUAAAGCUGAAAGGCAUGUGAGGUUUGACAGAGAAACUGAUGAUGGUAAGACUGAGUCUAAAGACACUUCAGCACCAAAAUCAUUGCAAGAAAGAUUGUUGAUGUUGGCUGGACAAGAAAAGAGAGAGGAACAAAGCUCAGAUGACAACCAUGAGGAUGGUGAUCAAGCGAACAUCCCUAACCCGGUCCAAUCAGGAAUGGUCCCCCCUGGCCCACCCCCUGGGUUACCAAGACAACCACGCCCUGCGCACAUGAUGAACUUCAAUCAACGUCCCAUGAUGAGAAUGCUCCCACCUGGCCCACCACCUGGCCGCCCCCCAGGAAUGCAAGGAGGUAUGCUCCCCCGUGGAAUGCCUCCUCGCCCUCCUCCGGGAUUACCCCCUGGUGUACGAGGUACGAUGCCACGAGGACCACGCCCUAUGGUACCACUGCCGCCCAGGCAUCCUCCACCCGGACUCAUGACCUUGCCCCGCUCAAGACCCCCGUUACCUCCGCCUGGCGCAGUUUUAUCCGCUCCACCAUCCUUCAUCAAACCAGCGGUUUCCACUUCGCCAUCAAGUGGUACCAAACAAGACGCCAUUAUUAGUGCGAAACCUCAACUACGAAACACUCAAGCCGAGCUUACCCGGCUUGUUCCGGUUGCUUUACGAGUGAAACGCGAACAACCAAAGACAAAUAAACAAAAAGUUAAGUCCGCUAUCGAAGAAGAAAGUUUCCGACCCGCUCCUAGCGUUGCUAGCUCGGCUCCAGGACAAGUUGUUCACGCGCCAACAAAAGACGACGCUUACGCGCAAUUUAUGAAAGAGAUGGAAAUCCUCCUGUAAAUAAUAGUUUAAUAAUUUUUCCACUGCAUUUCAGCCUGAUGAGAUGAUUUUAAUCAACAAAAUAAGCGCAAUAUUUUGAAGUAAUGUUUUUUUAAAACAACCCGGGACCAGUGU